UUCGAGAGACUGUGUAAUAUCAUGUGACUUAUCCCUCUGCGAUAGGCAGAAACCCCGUGACGCGGAGGUAGGGCGGUCAUACGUAAGUAGUAAUACCUACCUAGCUUACUUAUCAUUCGGAGCUUCAACAUCACUUCCUCUCUACCUACCAUUUCUUAACACUGCUGCCAGCACAUUACUUGUUUACCUUUCUACUUUAGCAAGAAGCAGUACUGUAUUCAAAUUUGCCUUCUGACAGACGAAAUCAGUAACAGCUAUGACAUCCAUCGGUACUGGUUACGAUCUUUCCAAUUCUGUCUUCUCGCCAGAUGGCCGUAACUUUCAGGUGGAAUAUGCAGCCAAGGCAGUUGAAAAUGGAGGAACAGCCAUUGGUAUCAGGUGCAAAGACGGCGUUGUGUUAGCUGUCGAGAAGAUCAUUACUAGUAAGCUUCUAAAGCCGGGUGCAAAUAAAAGAAUAGCAACAGUGGAUCGGCAUGUUGGUAUCGUUUCUGCCGGCCUAGUUCCAGACGGCCGGCACUUUGUUUCUCGGGCUAGGGACGAGGCUACUUCAUGGAGAAGCGUAUACAAAGGCCCUAUCCCAGUGUCUGCUCUAUCAAAUCGCUUGGGCAGCUACGUACAAGCCUAUACCCUCUACUCCAGUGUACGACCUUUUGGCGUGACUGCUAUUGUGGGUGGCUGGGACUGCGAAGCCGAGCUUGCCGUCGAUGGUCAGGUCGGCAGCGGGCCGAAAUCAGGUUCCGGGGGCAAGGUUGAUGGAGCUAAAGCUGGGGGACCAGGUCUAUACAUGAUUGAGCCUAGCGGGCUGUACUGGGGUUAUCAUGGUGCAGCCACUGGGAAGGGAAGACAAGCUGCUAAGGCUGAACUCGAGAAGCUAGAUCUAAGUUCGGGUAAUUUGAGCUUGGUCGAUGCUGUAAAAGAGGCAGCUCGAAUUAUUUAUGUCGCACAUGAGGACAGCAAGGACAAAGAUUUCGAGUUGGAAAUGUCUUGGAUUAGCUCACUAGACGGGCCAACCCAUGGCAGACAUGAGGAGGUACCUAAACAACUCCUCGAAGAAGCAGAAAAAGCAGCAAAGAGAGCCUUAGAAGGGGAGGACGAGGAGGAAGAACAAGGAGCCAAGGAUGGCGCCAACCUUGGCGAACAAAUGGAGGAGUAGAAUGAGCAAACCAAAGAUGAAAUCUAAGAAUAUCCUAAUAUAGGUGCAGAACGUUUCUCUCCUCAAUUUCAAUGUAUUAACCCAGGAUUGUGUAGCGCACCAAAUAGUAAGUUCUAUCCCUCUUUCCACAAAGACUUGCGACACAUGGUGUCAGUUUACAAUAUCAUGGUAGACCUCAAUAAUUCCUUGUAUUCUA